AUGACCUUGGCUCUGGCUACAAUGACUCCGCUGGGUUCGGGGCCUAAACGCGAUCAUACAUCGAGCACAGAGAUUGACAUGAUGACGGAAGCUGAUGCGCUCCAUGCGGCUAUUAAUGGACCCCCACGCAAAAGGAAAAGGACCCGAAAGGUUCAGACAGAUCGCAAGUUUGAAUGCACAUUUGAGGGGUGCGGCAAGAGUUACUCACGAGCGGAGCAUCUGUACCGCCACCAACUGAACCAUACCCCCAAGCAGAUUUAUCGGUGCGACUUUCCUGAUUGUUACCGCUCGUUCGUGCGACAAGACCUAUGUAUCCGUCAUAGAGAACGCCACACCACCCAGGGAUCGCAGCUACAGAAGCGCGAUCACUUUGCGCAGGCUGCAGCAACCAGCAACAACCUGAAAAAGCCGCAAGUCUCUCAAGUCAUGUCACAAGUGGACGCGAACCACGCACCUACACUCAUUCCGCUACCCUCCAAUUAUUCGCCCGUUCAAGCCCCAUCCGAGGGUCAGACAAUGACAGUGCCUGCGAUGAGUGCAUCGAAUCAACACGUACACAUGCCCUCGCCCUCAGGAUCUGUGGGCAUUGGCCAGGGAUUCAAUUAUCAGACUAUGGUGUCCCAUCAUGCAGUGGACCUGUCUGACCCUACGUUUUCCCGAUCGAACAGUUCCAGUAAUCAUACACUCAGCUCCCCCCCAGGACAGUCAAGCACAACAACCUUUAGUCCUCCUGAGAUACAGGCGGUGCCUCAUACGGCGCUCGGUGGUCACUCUGCUGGCAAAUCGUCCCCCAAUUCAGGAGACUUGAGCCACGAAGUGCGAUCUCACCAUUCCUUGGCCGAAACAUCUUCUCUAACACACGAUAUCGAUGGCCCUUCAUUGGCUCAUCCCACAUCCUAUUCAGGCCUACAAAUCCCUGUGGGGGGAUACACAAAUAUAUCGAUGGCUCCAGCGACGUCGGCUUCGACGUCUCUGGACCGCGGAACACUAGAGUCGAUGUCAGAGAUGAUGACAUCCGGCCCGUUUAAUGAGGCCUUCUAUGCAGUGUCUGCUAAGCGCAAGGAUGCGCUGAUGGACGGUGACAUUGACGACGAUGACCAUGUGCUAAGUCUACGCAUGAUGCAGAUGUACAUCGGCUCGUAUUGGUACCAUUUCCACUCUCAGUUGCCCAUUCUACAUCGUCCAACAUUCGAGGCAGACAAAGCGCCUAAUCUUCUUCUGCUCGCAGUGAUGGCUAUUGGCGCAUCCACGCUGGAUAGAAUUCACGGGUCAGAAGUAACCGAGGCAGCAGCGGAGUUGGCGAACUUUAUCGCCUGGCAUCUCCGAACGGAGCUUUUCAUGGAUGCAGACUUUCGUCCACCAGCUAAGCUCUGGAUUUUCCAAGCACUCCUGCUGCUGGAGGUAUAUGAAAAGAUGUACUCCACUCGUGCGCUCCAUGAGCGGGCGCAUAUCCAUCACGACACCACACUUACACUGAUGCGACGGGGCAGCUCAUUGAUUGGCCGCUCUGCAUUAGACUCUCCUGCAAGCUUGCGCGAUGAUCGGCAGGCCCGGUCAGCUUCUGGAUCGACACUGGCCCCAGACUUUGUGGCUGAAGAGUCAUGGACACACUGGAUCAAGGCUGAGGCCACGAGGCGAGUGGCUUUUGCGGCUUUCGUUCUGGACUCUACCCACGCCACUAUGUUCGGGCAUUCGGCUAAGAUGGUUGCUCACGAGCUUCGGUUACCGUUGCCCUGUGAUGAGGCGCUGUGGUCUGCGACUAGCGCCUCUGAGGUAGCUCGAGUGCAAUCGAGCCUGCAUGCCAACGGAGUCAAGCCUGUCAUGUUUUUGGACGGCCUUAAGAAGACGCUUAACGGACAGCGGGUCCGGACAAAUGCUUUUGGACGAACCAUUCUUAUGGCUGGUUUGCUUAGCGUCAGUUGGCACAUGAAUCAACGAGACCUACAGGUGAGCUCACUGGGUGGGCCACCGGCAUUGGGAGGCCGGGACAAAUGGCGGUCAGCACUGUUGCGAGCCUAUGAUAAUUGGCGACGAGACUUUGAUGAAGCGCUGGGCCAGUCACCAUCGGGGCCAUUUCAUGGUGGAUACCGUACCCGACAUCCUCUAGACGACGAUAAUGUUUUUGAGUCGCGCGACGUCCUCCAUGGAUUGGCGCAUAUGGCUUCUCACGUUGAUAUUGUCGACUGUCAAAUCUUCGCUGGAGCUGGUCGGCUCAUGGGACGGUCUAUCACCCCCAGAGACUACAAAGCGGCGCGCGAAAAGAUGGUUGAUCGCUGGGCCACCAAGGCUACAGCCCGCGACGCCACGUUCUAUGCUUUGAAGUUCUUAUCGGAGUGCCUUCUGGAUGAGAAACGAGCACUGAACGAGGAUGGGGAACUGUAUUCGGGUCGAGACGAUUACCUCUUGAACCGGCCCUGGGUGCUGUAUGUUGCGGCUCUAGUGGUCUGGUGCUAUGGAUAUGCACUUGAAGGGCCCUUGAAGACUCCUGUCAAGUUGAGCACCCCUGCUGCACAGCGGCAAGACAUGCAGGAGUUUCUGCGCCGGGUGGGCGGCGUCCGUGAGCCCAGCGACUUGGAAGGGAUGCAAGGAUGCAACCGCUGUCUGGGCUUGUUAUUGAUCCUCCGGGACGGGUUCGCCAACACGCGCUGGGAGUUAUUGGCCGAAGCUGCCAAUCUGCUCACCAGUUGUAUCGACAAGCUGAAUGGAGCAGCUUGCUGA